UCAAUUCUCAGAUGUCUUGAUGAAGAUGGCGGAUUUAGAUGCGCUGACCCUCACAGUCCUCCUGCUGGGGAGACCUCAAUGUGGGAAGAGUGCGACAGGAAACACACUCCUGGGGAGCCACGAGUUUGAGAGCCGGCUCUCCUUGGGCCCCGUGACCCAGGGCUGCCAGCUGUGUUGCAGGACCUUCCACAGCUUCAUGCGGCGCCAGGGCAGAGAGACGGCCUUGCGCCUCAGGGUGCUGGAUACCCCAGCCUACCCCAACAGUCUCCUGAGCCGGCAGGAAGUGAAACAAGCUGUCCGGGACGCUCUCCGGCUGAAACUGCGUGACGGAGUACAUGUGUUGCUGCUUGUGGUCAGGGCCGACGUCCCACUGUGCGAGGAGGACUGUCAGUUUCUCCAGUUGGCUGAGGAUCUUUUCGGAUCAGAUUGGAAGAAUCAUGGUUUAUUACUCAUCACCCACCGGGAUGCGCUGCAGAAAGCUGGAGUCCAAGAGGAGGAGCACUUAAAACAGGCCUCUGGUACCCUAAGGACUCUGCUGGACUCCGUGGAGAGCAGGCAUCACUUUGUGGACAACUCUAUGGGCUGGCUCCAGGAAGAAAGAAGACCGAUUUUGGAGAAACUGGCCAAACUCUCAGGGCAAAACAAACACAGAGAACUCCCUUUUAAGUUUUUAGUUUCCCUAAACCCUGACACAGCGAUUGCUUGCGGUCAGAAUCAAGAAUUCGUGGUGCCAGAAAAAGGUACAUAAACAACCAGUCCUUACUGAAAGUGAGAAAUGAAUAAUGAGGUGUGGGAUUUGAGUCUUGAUGUAUCCAAGUAUAACAAAACUAGUUAAGUUAACACGCCAUUCAAAGGGAAAGGCAACUUGCAAUAAAUCAGUCAGGUAUGCCCAUCUUAAAUUGGUAAACAUCAUUCCAACCUCUCUAUCAAAGCCAACCUUAAAUUAAAAAUGACACCCUAGAAGGACUUUUUCCUAUCACUACUCAUCACCAUAAAUGGAACGCUGUGAGCACCACUUUCAAGCAAUGAAACCUUGCGGUCUAAAGAAUCCACAUUUAAAGAUAUCUCCUUCUGUAUAUUGCUAAACGCGUGAUCCGAUUGUGUUUUUUAAGUCAAUUUAGUUUCAAGCUAUCCUGACAUCACAGAACAUUUCUCCACAUAUCUGAUAUUCACUUUCCUUCUGAGUAUGCGGGUUGGGGGAGUAAUCCAGCCCAAGUAUCCAGGCAUGUUUCUCAUUAGACUGAAAUUUACUUCCAACUGUUCCCUGUCAAUAAAUGUGGUAUGCUGGUUUGGCUUGGAAAAGUACUUAAACUCAACAUACGAAUGUUAACUCAAUUCUUGAUACAAACCUAGGUGUUGUCCUUGGCUUACAAAUAAACCUGGCUGAAUAUUCAUAUUUUAAAA